UCACAUCACAGCGCCCCGCGCAGAGCAAGCAGCCACACGGACACACAGAGCGGAGUCCGAGAGAGGCGCGUGGAAAGGAGCGGACACGAAUCGAGAGACAGAGACACACACACACAGAGACAGACACACACAGACAGAGACGAGAGCGGAGAGCUCUCUCGCUCAGACAGCCAACGCAAGGCAGGACAUACACGACAGACAUCCAGCCAGACAGCGGUGUAGAUCACGACACACACACACACGCUCUCUCUCGCGCACGCCUCCCACAUGAUAUGAGCUCUCGCGGCGAGCAGUAAAAGGGAAAUGUGCAAGGCAGCCGCCACGGUGUGUGUCUGAACGCCGAGACAGACGGUGGGAGAGGAGAGAGAGAGAGAGAAGAACAGGAGAGAGAGAGAGAGCAAAGACUACGAGAGAUAGACGAGAGAGAGAGAGCGGCUGGAGAGGAGGAGGUGGAGGAGGAGAAGGAGGAGAGAUCAUUCAGAGGAAGAGGAGGAGAGAGUGAGCUAUGGAAGAGAGCGUUGACAACCCCAACCGCGCCGUGGAGUUCCUCAAAGAGCUCAACAAGAUCAUCGAGACCCAGCAGGGCCUCAUCGCCAAGCAGAGGCGACGCAUCGAGGAGCUGGAGGGCCGAAUCGCCGAGUUGAUCCGGCGCAACGCGGCCAUCAGCGAGCUCCACCAGAGGCACCUUUCGGCCUGCCCUCUCGCCCUCCGCCUGGGCCAGAGCGCGGCACGGCACGAGCAGCAGCAGCAGCCCUGCCUCCUGCCUCGGCGUCCCGCCACCUCCGGGACAACACUGCAGCAGCAGCAGCAGCAACAGCAGCAGCAGCUAAAACAUCACUACCACAACGUCGGUGGCCAUCACCACCACCAACACCACCAGCACCAACAUCAGCACCAACAGCAACUGAGCACAGCAGCGCCCGGCAACACCUCGGGGUCUGUCGCGGAUGACGAGGAGGCCCAACCGGUGAUCGCGAUGUGCAGCGUCUGUGAUCAACAUCUGCAGCAGCAGCAGCAGCAAGAGGCGGCUAAGUUGCCGAGCUGCUCGAUAUCGAUGCACAACUACGUCGUGCGGAAAGUGCAGCUGGACGAGGAGGAGGAGGAGGAGGGUGGCGGUGGUGGUAUUGAGGAUGUGCAUCAUCAUCAGCAGCAGCAGCAGCCUGGACGAGAGGAGAGCACAGGAGGUGGUGCUGCGUGCCCGUGUCCCGCCGAAGAGGAGAAUCUAUCCGUCUCCGCGCAGCAGCAGCAUCAGCAGCAGGAGCCGCAUCAGCAGCAGGAGCCGCAUCAUCAUCAGCAGCAGCAGCCGCAUCAUCAUCAGCAGCAGCAGCAGCAUCAGCAGGAGCAUCAGCAGGAGCAGAUUCCGCCAGCUCUGCCGGAGACAUCUGCCCUGACGAGGGUGGCGGCUCCGGACGGAGCUCAGCAACUGAACCAGCCAUCAAACCACCAAGACCUCUCUCUCAACAUCUUCCAGAGCGUGGAGGGCGAGACGGGAGCCUCCGUCGGCGUCGACCGGCAGGCCUCCGCUCACGGGCCCUCCGUCCCCGGGACGCCGGCGCCGCACGCCCACCACGCUCCUCCUCCUCACCCCCACCAGGCGCACGGUCAGCGGUCUGGCCAGGCCGAGAGGCCCGCGGGGCCGGAGCGGCACCCGCCCCAGCUGCGGUCGUCGCCGCCGUCCUUCCACCACCCGUCGUCGGCGGCGGCGGCGGCGGCGUCGUCGCGGCGCCUCCGCCUGCAGCACGGCUGCUCCGUCAACUCGUCGUCGGCGUCGUCGUCCGCCUCUGCGUCGUCCGCCUUCGCCAAGAAGCACGUGGAGGAGGAGGCGAUCAAGCGCUCGCGCUCGCUGUCGGGCACCUACGAGCUCUCGGCCGACCUCCAGGACAAGCAGGUGGAGAUGCUCGAGAGGAAGUACGGUGGCCACUUCCUGACCAGCAGGGCGGCGUCCACCAUCCAGUCGGCCUUCCGCCAGUACCAAAUGAACAAGAACUUUGAGCGGCUUCGCUGCUGCCUUUCCGAGAGCCGCCUGCCGCGCCGCCUCGCGCUCGCCUCCAUGCGCUCGCAGCUCUCGCUCGAGGGGGCCGAUGCGGGCACCGGCGCGGCCCGCUCCUCCCUCGGCGAGGGCGAGCCGGCCUCGGCGACGAAGGGGUUGCCGCCCGGGCGGACGCGGCACGGCGGCGAGCUGGCGCCGCACGACGGCGGAGGCGUCGGCGCCGCGAGCGAGCUGCCGCCCCGGCUGCCCCCGACCAACUCGCGGGACGACGGCGACGCGGCGGCGGCGGCGGCGGCGGGGAUGCACGGCGGCUUCGGGCUGGCGUCGGCGCUCGACAUGGACCUCUCGGCGCUGUCGGCGCUGUCGGCGCCGGACGACUUCGCCGACACCAUCACGGAGCUGGAGGACGCCUUCUCGCGCCAGGUCAAGUCGCUCGCCGAGUCCAUCGACGACGCGCUGGUGAGCCGCGGCUGCCUGCGGCUGGGCAACAGCGCCCGCCGGUCGGAGACGCCGCCCGCCCGGAGCCCGAGCGCCGCCGCCGCCCGCCGGGCCGACGCGGCGGACGACGGCGGCGCCGCCCCGGGGUGCGUGGGGUCGAGGGGCGACGCCGCGCGCGAGGAGGCCGGUGCCGUCGCCGCUCCGCCCGCUCCGCCCGCUCCGUACGACGACGACUACGACGCCGACCCCAUGGCGUUCAUGGCGGGGGACUUCCCGCUGCCGCCGCCGCCGCCGCAGUUUUCCCCGCAGCAGAGCACGCAGGCGGAGGGGGACGAACCCAUUGCGGCCCCCCCAGAGGGGGGCCUGGACCCGACCCCGGCGCCGAGCGUCGUUGUGGCGCCGGUGGCGGCGGACGCGAACGAAGCUGCGGCCUCUGUCAGCAACGCCGUGGUGACGGUGGUAGUCACCGACCAGCACGGCGGGCAGCUGCAGCAGCAGCAGCAGCAGCAGGGGAGGGAUGCUCGGAAGCAGACGCACGAUGGGGGGGCGCGGGCGAACGGGGGUGCGCGCCGCGUGGAGCCCUGCGACCUGGUGCGCUGCUCGUCGGAGAGCCGCGAGGGCCCUUCGGCGGCGCGGCUCGGCGUUGGCAGGGGCCAACAGAGGCGCGUCUCCUGCCCCGAGUGCGGCGGCGCCGGCGGCGCGCCGGCGGCGGGGCCGGGCUGUGCCCGGCUCCCCCUGCUGACGGUGGAGCCGGCGAGCGACAGCUCCCUGGACGCCGGCAGCGAGCGGGCGGAGAGGGUGGCGCUCAAGCGGCAGGACGCGCGCGACGACCAGGAGGGCAGCCCCACGCACGGCGGAGCGGCGAGGUCCCAGCAGCAGCAGCAGCAGCGGCAGCUGCGGCAGCAACAGCAGCAGCACCGGCAGGCGGCCGCCGAUGACGUAGCGCCCAUAGUCAUCGUGAAGCGACGCACAGGCCGGCACACCGAUGGGGGCCACCUGGGCGUGAACGGAGGCAGCGCGGUGAAGCCGGCGGCUGCCCCCUGCGCGCCGUCGUCCUCCUCCGCCGCCGGCAACACCGGCACGCACCGCCGCGCCAGCCGCUCCGAGUCGGACUUCUCCGACGGCGAGGACGGCGAGAACGAGAGCGUCAACUCGGUGAACUCCAACUCGAACGAGACGGCCAACUGCAGCUCGGGCUCGUCGUCACGCGACAGCCUCCGCGGGGAGGCCGCCGCGGCCGCCGCCGCGCUCAGCCGCCCCUCGUACCACCGGGAGACGCGGCACAGCUGGGACUCGCCCGCCUUCAGCAACGACACCCUGCGCAAGCGCCACUACCGCAUCGGCCUCAACCUCUUCAACAAGAAACCGGAGCGCGGGAUCCAGUUUUUGAUCGAGCGCGGCUUCGUGCCGGACAUGCCGGUCGGGGUGGCGCACUUCCUCCUGCAGCGCAAGGGGCUGAGCCGCCAGAUGAUCGGGGAGUACCUGGGCAAUCGGCAGAAGCAGUUCAAUCACGACGUCCUCGACUGCGUGGUGGACGAGAUGGACUUCUCCGCGAUGGAGCUGGACGAGGCCCUGCGGAAGUUCCAGGCUCACAUCCGCGUGCAGGGCGAGGCGCAGAAGGUGGAGCGGCUCAUCGAGGCGUUCAGCCAGCGCUACUGCCUGUGCAACCCGGACGUCGUGCAGCAGUACCACAACCCGGACACCAUCUUCAUCCUCGCCUUCGCCAUCAUCCUGCUCAACACCGACAUGUACAGCCCCAACGUAAAGCCCGAGCGCAAGAUGCGGCUCGACGACUUCGUGAAGAACCUGCGAGGGGUGGACGAUGGUGCCGACAUCCCACGGGAGAUCCUGGUCGGGAUCUACGAGCGGAUCCAAAAGCAGGAGCUGAGGACCAACGACGACCACGUCACGCAGGUCACCAAGGUGGAGAAGUCCAUCGUCGGCAAGAAACCGGCCCUGUCGCUGCCCCACCGCCGUCUCGUCUGCUACUGCCGUCUCUUCGAGGUUCCCGACCCAACCAAGCCGCAGAAGCUGGGGCUCCACCAGAGGGAGAUCUUCCUCUUCAACGACCUCCUCGUGGUGACCAAGAUUUUCCAGCGCAAAAAGAACGCGGUGAUGUACAGCUUCCGCCAGUCGUUCUCGCUCUACGGGAUGCAGGUCCACCUCUUCGAGAACCAGUUCUACCCGCACGGCAUCAAGAUCAUGUCGGCGGUGCCGGGCGCCGAGACCAAGGUGCUGGCGCUGUUCAACGCCCCGAACCCGCAGGACCGCAAGAAGUUCGUGGACGACCUGAAGGAGUCGAUCGCCGAGGUUCAGGAGAUGGAGAAGCACCGCAUCGAGACCGAGCUGGAGAAGCAGAAGGGCGUCGUGCGCGUCGGCGGCCAGGGCCAGGGCCGCUCGGGCAGCAAGAAGGAGAGCGGCGCCCGGUGCCGGGCCCGCGGCGCCAGCAACAACGGCGCGCUGGGGGGGCGGGCGAGCAUGGACGACGGCUACGGCUACGCGGCCGGCGAGGGCCUCAAGCGCAGCACGCUCAGCAGCUCGCUGCGGGACCUCUCCGACGUGGGCAAGCGUGGCCGCAGGGGGAGUGCCGGUUCCCUAGACAGCAACAUUGAAGUAAGUAAGCGGCGGGAUCGCUCCACGAUGCUUGGCCCUGCUUGGUGUGUGCCCGCCUGCUGCUCGUGUUUGCCUCGCUGCUUGCACGCAGUCUCGGCCGUAAAGGGACGGGGCUCCCACCUCCCAGGGCGUCGGGCGGGAGACAAAUCUCGCGCGCUUGAAACCCGAACGGCCGCGCGGUGUAAAUGGGUGACGUUUAAUAAACAACAAAUUUACAACAACAAAAAAAACGCACACCACAGCGGAAAGCACCGCGAGACGCUUGCCCUUCGUUGAGUUAGUUUGCCCUUCCCCGCACCACCGAUUAGGACAGUUGGCUACGUACGGUGCGAACGAAGUUCAGCGUACGUGCGUGCGUGCGUGCGUGUAACUCGGCGCCCUUCACAAUGGAAUCGUCACAGAGCGCUUCACGACUAAACUUUACGGACGAAUGCGUCCGUAAAAAUUUUAGUUACGGUAAAAGGAUAAAAGGUGUACGCAGUUCAAAAAUAUCGUAACUCCUUUCAAUCUGCCGUAAAUUUUUCGUAAUACAGGCAAAUAGACACACAGUAUUGUAUUCUACACCGUUUCAAGAAAUACAAUUCAAAAUGCAUAUAAAUAUCUAUCGGUCAUCAAUGCUGGGUAUGCAAAUAAGGGACAUUUAAGAACACUCAAACGUUAUCAAUUAAAGGGUUUUAAAAAGAAAAAUACCUCGGCAUGCGGUAGCGGCAUGCGUACAAGUUGAACAUUUGAUGUCUAGCGCCAUACUUAUAACAACAACAACAACAACAAAAAUCCCCAUCCGUGUAGCUGUGCUACUGAAAGCAGUUUCCUCUUACGUACAAUAAUACUGACGUCUCUUUCUUUUUCAAAGCUGGUAGAAGAAUUCGAUUUUGAUGAACAGGGCCACAGUCAUGAUCAGGCCCCACCGCCGAAAUCUUUACAGCCGUGACUGUGUGGGCGCCUCGCGCGUGUGUGUGUGUUGUGUUUUAUUUUACUUCUUGCCGUGGUGGUGGUGGUGGUGUUGUGGCGUUGUUGUGGUCGUGGUGGUUUGGUUAUUCGCCAUGGCUUGUGGACUGCGUGGCUUGUUGCUGCAUGUCUGUGGCCCUCUGCAUCGUCGCACCGUGUGUCUUGGCUGCCUCCUCUCCCACCUGCCACAAGUGCCCACCUCUGCCCGGUUGCGCCGAUCGGAGUGUCUCAGUUGUCAGGACGAAAAGCUGAACCUCGUCGCCAUUGUGAUGUUUUGCGCCGACGGUCUUUUUUGUACGUUUUUUCGAUUCGGUUUCUCGGUUACGUGAAGCAAAUACUUGAGGCACAACCUGAAGUUGCAGUUUGUGCGUAAAAAAAUCGCAUUUGAUGCCAGAGCAUGAUUGGGAGCGCAUUUGCACUUGGUGUUAGCAGUGCUGCAAAAUAAUAAGUAACAAAACCUCAACACAUUCAGCAACCUAAUCGCCUGAAUAGGGUAUAUAUAUCUUCUGGGUUCUUUCAGAAAAGUCACGUAGAAUGGAGAUAAAAUAAUAAAAAUAAUAAAAAUAACAGAAUAAA